AAUUUUUAAGAUCGGCUCAUUUUGUUUCUGUUGAAUGUUAGUCUUUUUUAGGCGUUUCUAUUAUGCCACAUGAAAGGAAGAAUAUAAACAAAUGAUUAAAACAAAACGUAUGCAAAGCUUUUAUUUUGAAAUCGUGGAGCACCGUACUUCCUCCUGACCGCCGCGAGCCAGUCGAGACAAGUCGUUUUCUGCUGGCGAAAAGCCUUCGCUGCGAGCGGACGAAGUCAUGGAUCCGACAGAAAUGAAGCUGGCGGAGCUCGUGCGCAAACAUCCGAAUCUGUACGACCAGUCUCGGCGGGACUACAAGGACAACCUGAGGGGGCAUUUGUCGUGGAGAGAAAUCGCCGGCGUCAUGGAAAUGUCGGAGGGAGAAGUUCGGAUGAUGUGGAGAAAUCUGCGCGACAAGUUCUGUAAAGCGAAGAAGCGGGUCGCCAAGAGAAGCUUCCUCCACGUGGAGGACAGCGCGGGGAACCCGGUGGAGAAGCCCAUCCCGAAGCUGUACUGCCAGCUGGCCUGGCUCGGUGCUCAUGUUCAGCCGCGAACAGAAGAAAGCUGCCGGAAAUACACAACAAAGGAGGAAGGAAUGGAUGACGUAGAUGAAGACAAAAAGGAGCAGCUUAACCCUCUUCCAGUCAUCACUACCAUUUUGUCUCCUGCUGAUUCCAGUCCAAGCAGCGUUCAGACUAUCGAAGCUUCUCUUAAGUGCAAAAAACCAACGAGCACACAGACUAAGCCUUGUGCAGACGCCCUCCGAGAUGAAGACGAACUGUUUCUGCUCAGCCUUCUUCCCUCAUUAAAGAGACUCACCAUUAAACGAAGGAUGGAGGUGCGGAUGAAGUUUCAGCAGGUGCUUUAUGCUGCAGAAUUUGAGAACUAAAACACUGAAAAGGGGGUCGUAGUUUCUCAGGUGUUCAUUUUUUACAGCUUGUAAAUAGUUAUUUUUUAUCAUACUUUGGCAUUGAUUGUUAUUUUUAUAAACUGCAUAUCUCUCCUAAAAUUCAUUACCUGGUUAAAAAGUCACAAUGUUUUGCUGAGCCACUUUAUUUUUAUGACCGCAUGCAUUCUUUGUUGAAAUGUACUGAAUAUGACUGCGUCUAAUUCCAUCCAGAAUUGGAAUAAUUUUUAUUAAUAUCUUUGUAAUUUUCUCCAGAAUAUUGCAGAUAUUUUUCAUGAACUUAAGUUGCGGGACGAGAAUGUCUCACGCUCAAUGAUGUUCUUGGUUCAGAACARUAGUUUCAUGUUUCUGAGACAGAAUUUUUAUUUAUUUUUGUUUCUUGUUUAAGCAACAAAAAACAUCAGAUUGUUAAUCACUGCAGGACUUCUCUUUGGGAAAGCUCAAACAUAUUUGUUUAAAAAUGUGUUUUGUUCCGUGUAAAGUUUUACCUGUAGUUUGGAAAAAGACAAGUUCUGAAUUUAUGUUGAAAUUAUUUUUUUUAGAUAAAAACAAAUGAAAUAGAGAUGUAAUUAAGGUUCAUAUGAAUCUUAAACUUCCAAAUAUAUAGGAAGCAAGUUUUUUUUUAUUAAAUAGAUAAAUGAAUGUAGCUUUUAAACUUUUCUCCAGCAAAGUUACUUUACUGUUGCCAUUGCACAUUAGUUUACCUUAACAUACUAAAGUUUUGAUGUCCACAUUUUGUUUUUAGUGCCAAAAAGACAACAUACACAACGAAAAAUGACCAAAAAUAUCAAGAGAUAAAUGUCUACAUAAAUAACUUUAUUUUCUUAGAGUGCUUUUUCUACUAUUUAUAUUAUUAAAAUAAAUAUUUUAUGGUUACA